CGCACGCUGUCAGCUCGCUUGCUGACUUGACCAGUAGGGUCCGCAGUACACGCUGCCCGUUACACAGCGGGUUGGCGAGGCUACCCCUGGCAAGACUUCUGCCUUGCUUGGUCAUUACCUCUGCCACCUGGAUUCCCGCUGAGUGGCCGCCUGCCAGACCAACGGCGGAGAACUGAGGUCUUAGCCCUUGCUCUGCCACAAUGUCCAGAGAAAGCGGUUCCGAGGAAUGCCAGGGGAAGGAGGAAUUUACCCAGGAUGUGAAGGAAGAUCAUGCUGAUCAGAAGGAAGAGCCAAACCCCGAUGAGCUUGUGAAUGGGAAGGAAGAGCCAAGCCAUGAUGAGCUUAUGAAUGGUAUACACGAGCGGAGCCCCGAUGUGCUUAUGAACGGCACACACGAGCCAAGCCCGGAUGAGCUCUUUGAUGGGGAGGAGGAUCCAAGUAUUGAUGAGCUUGUCUAUGGGGAUGAUGAUCCAAGCUUUGAUGAAGUUAUCUAUGAGGAGGGAGAUCCCAACCCUGAUGAGCUUGUCUGUGAGGAGGAAGGUGCCAGCUUAGAGGAGCUUGUCUGUGAGGAAGAAGACCCCCAUGCCGAUGAACUGAUCUGCCAAGAGGAGGAUCCUGACCCCGAUGAGCUUAUGUGUGAUGAGGGAGAUGAUGCCAUUGAUGAGGAAGAUGCCAAUCCCGAGGAGCUCAUCUGUGACGAGGAAGAUCCCAAUGCAGAGGAGCUCAUCUGUGAGGAAGAAGACCCAAACCCUGAUGAUCUUAUCUGUGAGGAGGAAAUCCCACACCCCGAUGAAGAGGAACUUAUUUGUGAGGAGGAAGACCCAAGUCCUAUUGAUCUCAUCUGUGAGGAGGAAGAUCCAAGCUUCCAUGAGCUCCUUUGUGGGGAGCAAGACCCAAGUCUCCAUGAGCUUUUUGAUGGGAGAGAUGAGCCAAGACCAAAUGGCAGGGAAGACCCAAGCCCUGAUGGCAGGGAAGACCCAAGCCCUGAUGGCAGGGAAGACCCAAAUCCUGAUAGCAGGCAAGAUCCAAGUGCUGGUGAGCUUUUUGAUGGGAAGAAAAAUCAAAGUCCCAGUGAGCAUGCGGAAGGGAAGGAGGAAAAAAGCCCUGAUGGGAAGGAAGAUGGAUGGAAUGGGAAAGAGGAAGAGAACAAGAAGAGGGGGAUUGAACCUGGAAGACAGCAAAGUGGUAGCGGCUCAACAGAAUCCUCCCGCUCCCGGAAAAGAAAGGCAGAUGUAGCUGUGUUUUUGCUGGAUCCAGAUGAAGUAUUGGCCAAAAGGGAAACAAUUGGAAGAACUGCGGUCAGGAUACCGGCUUUUCUCAGAAAUCCAUGGUCAGUGAUUCUCACACCUGACAAAGGAGGGGAUGAGCCAUCAUUACCUAAUUCUAACAUGCCAACCCACAACUUCUCACAACAUAGAGCUACACCAUUACCAUUAUUGGGCUGGGCAAAUAGAGAUGAGGUUUGGAAAAUCAUGUUAAGCAAAGAACAGGUAUACCUGAGGGAUAAGAACUUUAUGGAGAGACAUCCUUCUCUACAGCCAAGAAUGCGAUCCAUCCUUCUGGAUUGGAUGAUGGAGGUGUCUGAAGUCUAUAAACUUCACAGGGAGACGUAUUACUUGGCACAAGACUUCUUUGAUCGAUAUAUGGCAACACAGCGAAAUAUUACAAAAACACUUCUGCAGCUUAUUGGGAUUACCUCAUUAUUUAUAGCUGCCAAACUUGAGGAAAUCUAUCCACCAAAGCUGUACCAGUUUGCUUAUGUGACAGAUGGAGCUUGUACAGAGGAAGAAAUUCUUACCAUGGAAUUAAUCAUUAUGAAGGCCCUUAAGUGGCGUUUAAGUCCGAUGACACUCGUGUCCUGGCUAAAUGUAUACAUGCAGGUUGCUUAUCUCAAUGACCUGUAUGAAGAAGUGCUUAUGCCGCAGUAUCCUCAGCAAAUCUUUGUGCAGGUUGCCGAGCUUUUAGAUGUCUGCAUCCUGGAUAUGGGCUGCUUUGAUUUUACUUAUGGAGUGCUGGCUGCAUCUGCCUUAUAUCAUUUCUCUUCCACUGAGAUAAUGAAAAAAGUUUCAGGCUUUGAUUGGCCCGAAGUAGAGGAGUGUGUGAAGUGGAUGAUCCCAUUUUCUAUGGCUGUAAAGGAAGUAGGAGGAGCCAGACUCAAAUAUUUCAAGGGUGUUCCUAGUGAAGACAUGCAUAACAUUCAGACUCACGUGAACACCAUAAAUUUGCUGGACAGAGCUUAUGAAAAGCAAGCCAUGCUGGCUGAUGAGAGAGUGUCUGCUCCCACUGGAGUCCUCACACCACCGCAGAGUGAUAAGAAACCUAGCAAAGAGCAGGAGUGAAUUUUCUAACACUUCUCAUCAGAAAUGAAUUUGCUGAAGUGCCUGCUCUAAGCUCUGCUCCGUUGACUGCUGCCUGGGGGAUUUGUUGGCUUUUACAGAUUUUUAGAUGGAAACAUGCAUUUCUUUUCCUUAACAGAAGCUUCUUAGAUGGGACUGGGGCGGAAGUAGUGUUUUUAUGGAACACACGUUUUUAAAAAGGGGGUCAAGUACACCAGCCACCUAUAGAACACCAACGAGUGCUCCAGAUGCUGCUAGGAGGGUGAUACUUGGUCGACCAUUCAUACAAUAAAAAAGCCUUGAAAUUAAGUAUAACUCUUUCUGGCCUCUGCUUUGGUACCCUAGGGUUAUUAAUCACAUUUAAUGCAUGAAUGCCUAAUUAUUAACAUUGUACUGCAAUAGUUGCAACUAGCUGUGGUGGGUAGCUUGCCUUUCCCGCAAU